AUGGUGCAAGAAGGUGUUAAAGUUGCUCAAUCUUCUAUAGAUAAAAUUAGGGAGAGCGUAAAGUAUGUUAGGGCUAGUAAUGCGAGAAGGGUGAAAUUUGCUGAGUGUAUUUUGCAGUGUUCUUUAAGUUGUAGGCAAGUACGACAAGAUGUACCAACUAGGUGGAAUUCGACAUAUCUAAUGAUUGAGAGUGCUCUACUUUUUCAGCGUGCUUUUCAACAUUUAUUUUUAAUUGAUACUAAGUAUACCUCCUGUCCUACAACAGAAGAGUGGCUUCAAGCUGAGAGAAUAAUGAAGCUUUUAAAACCCUUUUCUGAAAUAUCUACACUUUUUUCUGGAACUAAGUAUCCGACUGCAAAUUUAUAUUUUCAUGGAGUGUGGAAGAUUGAGUUGCGUUUAUUGGAAGAAUUAGGAAAUGGUGAGGAUGUAAUUAGCAGAAUGGCUACAAGAAUGAAGAUUAAAUUUGAUAAGUAUUGGCAUUCUUACAGUGAAAUUUUAUCGAUAGCAAUUAUUUUAGAUCCUCGCUAUAAGUUGGAUUUUGUGGAAUUUUGUUUGUUUAAAAUAGAUGGUAUCGAAUCAAAAGAUCGUGUGCUUCAUAUUCGUAACAGAUUGUAUUCUCUCUUUGAAGAGUAUAUGGUUUCAUCUGCUAAAGAUUCAACCUCUAUUAGAUCAAACAGAAUUGUUACUUGUUUUACGGGGGAUGAUGUUGAUGAGUUUGAUAGUUUUGAAAGUGAAAUUUUUGGCUCUGUUAAAGCCAAAUCGCAAUUGGAUUUGUAUUUUGAAGAACCUAGGCUUGAUAGAAAACAGUUUGCAGAUUUAGAGGUUCUUAAUUAUUGGAAAGAUAAUUCUUUUCGAUAUCCAGAACUUUCAUUGUUGGCUCGUGACAUUCUUAGUAUUCCUAUAACCACGGUUGCCUCAGAAUCUGCUUUUAGUAUUGGAGGACGGAUUCUCGAUAAAUAUCGGAGCUCUCUUCUGCCUCAAAAUGCAGAAGCAUUAUUAUGUGCUCGAGAUUGGUUAUAUGGGGUACCUCUUAUUGAAGAAGAUCUCGAGAAAGAAUCUCUGAUUGAAGAUUUUGAAGAAUUAUGCAAUUCCAUGUCUUGUUCAUUCACAAAGGUUACUUAG